GCUGCUGUGGCUGCUGCUGCUGCUGCUUGGCUAACACACACACACACACACACACACACAUAUGUCCUCCAAUCUGAGCUGCUUUGAGCCGCACUGUUUCAUCUGGUGCUAUCAGGGCUGAUGAGAGCCUCUUGUCUUUCUGGGUCUGCUGCAGCUGCUGUGUGCACUGAGAUAUGACCAUGCUGUAAAGAUCUGAGUCUUGUUGGGGAUGUUUUGUAAGCCAGCAGCCAGCUAUCUGAGAAUUUAAACCUUCCAUGCCCGUGUAAUGGUUUUAUCAUCAUGAUAUCCACGUGGGUAGUGAUUGUCGUGGCGGUGGCAUUUGCGAAUGCGACGAGGAGUGAAGAUCCAUUUUUUCUAGAGGAUGACGUGCAACCAUGUGCGACGGUCCAGAUGUCCAGCUCGGUGGUGCUCAUGGGGUCACCCGUCACGGCAAUCUGUGUCAUCAGAGAGGACUGCCUUCUGGUCAUCGGUCAAGCUGUCCGGAUAGAGUGGCGCCUCGACGAUCGCUUUAUUCCCAGCAGCUCCGCCGCCAAUGAGAGCGCCAGAGUUUCUGAGGCUGUCAUAUCAAGCUUCAAUCACUCCAGGGCGUCCCUCACCUGCUGUAUCCAAUCCUCUCCCGCUCAAGUGGUGGCAGGAGUGGAGAUCCGAGCCGGAUAUCCACCAGAAGCACCACAAAAUCUCAGCUGUCAAACAAACCUCACCGCCAACACCAUGACCUGUAGCUGGGACCCUGGGCAACGGGAGACCCACCUGCCCACAAACUACACCCUCUACACUGAGAUACAGGAUUCGCACCAGAAUCAAGCUUAUGAAGUGCCACCAGGGGUUCAGCAUUUUAUCAUCCCGCGCUCCGACUUCGUUCUGUUCUCUAACAUGACAAUUUACGUGAAGGCCGAGAAUGACCUUGGAGAGGCAACGUCAGCACCGAUCAUUUUGGAACCCAUUAGUGCAGCUAAGUUUGACCCACCAGAGAUCCUGCAAAUUCAAGUGAUGCCUAAAAGAUAUGGCUGCCUGAGGCUGAGGUGGAGCUUAUCCCCGAACCAGCUCUGGAUGCGUAACAAGCAUAUGAAUCUGGAAGUCCGUCUCAGGACUGCUGACAGCAACCAAUGGGGAGAAUUGACAGUCUUUGCGAGCCGCCUCAAACCAUCGAAACCUUUGGACCAGUGUCGUCUCCGUCACUGGACCCGGUACUUUGCCCAGAUUAGAGUCAGAUACGAGCAGAGCCCCUGGAGUGAAUGGAGCCGCAGCCAGUCUGGAGUCACCUUGGAGAGCGCUCCCACUGGACGCCAAGACUCGUGGAUGAAAGUAUCAGGGGAUCACAUGCCCAAACAACUCAACAUACACUUGUUUUGGAAGCCAUCAAAACAAUUCCGUGCCAACGGCCAAAACGUGUCAUAUAUCGUCUCGGUGCAAAAACUGCCAGGUGAAAAAGGAAAGGUGUGCUCUACAAGGGAGAAUCAUUGUGCUUUUCAGCUUCCUGGGAAAAUGAAGAAAGUGUACCUGAGUGCUGUAAAUGCAGCAGGCAGAUCCUCCCCCACUGAAGUUCGGAUAUCCAAACCUACAGAUCGUGCUGCGAUAUCAGACAUCACAGCCAUUCCUCAUGGUGACAGAUCACUACUGGUCCAGUGGAGAAGUGUACCUACUUCUGAUCUUGCUGGUUUUGUGGUGGAAUGGAAACCUUUGUUGAAGCCAGGGCUCUCUCACAUCCAGUUUGAAAUUGCCGACAAGAACCAGUCUAGCCUUGUUAUUACAGGCAGCUUUGAGCCCUACAAGCCCUAUGGGAUCUCUGUAUAUCCUAGGUUUAAGGACGGGAUAGGCCUUCCUCAGACUGCUAAUGCCUACUUGAGACAAAAGGCUCCAUCCAUGGUUCCAAAAUUACAAAUUAAAAGGACUUGGAAUUCACACGUUGAGCUUACUUGGGAAGAAAUACCAUUAGACUGGAGGAAUGGCUUUAUCCAGAAGUACAAAAUCUUCUACUGGAAUGAAAAGGGACCCAUCAACAUUGUGGACGCUGGUCCAGAGGAGAGGAUGGUGAUCCUUGAACAUAUCAACACUGUGUCUCUGUAUGAAGCGUUCAUGAUGGUCAGUACAUCUGGCGGGAGCCUCAACGGGUCGACGAUUCAUUUCCAAAUGGAGCCAUUCGAUACAGUUGCUGUUGUGAUGAUUGUAAUUGCAACUGGUGUGGGACUGUCGUUGUUCAUCAUUUUCAUAGUCCUGACUUGUUUCUCCAAACACAAAAGGUUAAAGGGCCGUUUCUGGCCAGCUGUUCCAGACCCAGCUAACAGCAGCAUUAAAAGAUGGUCAUCGGAGUCAACGGAGGAUACUUAUCCUUCCUGGGACAAAGAGGAUCCAAUAUACUUGUCCCACCUCAGCUUCCUGGACCUCCCCAUGAAGCCAAGCAAAGAAGAGGACGAUCUUUGGUUGAACAGUGCAGAGGACACCAGUGACCUGGGAGAGUCCAUUUGUGGUUCACCGUUCAUCCCCGGAUACUCUGGUUCAAACAGCGACUCUGUUCCUUAUGCUACCGUGAUAUUUUCUAGUCCGUGCAACAGUCCACCUCCCACACAGCCUCCUGUCUACCUGCGCUCUGAAUCCACACAACCCCUCCUGGAGGCAGAAGAGUCCUUCAGUCCAAAGUGCUACCAGAAUGUGGGGUCUGAUGGGAUGCCAAGGGAGCAGUGUUUUUUUGGGCCAUGCCAUGAUUGUGUACCCAAAGAUGGGCCAGAUCCAGUCAUUGUUUGGGAUGACUUUCCUUUUCUACAAGCAUUAGCCAUGAAUGAGCCUCAAAAUGACUAAAAGCGCUUUACAGAUUUUGCUAAAUGUUCAUGUAUUUCUGAGCUUGUUGAUCCAGCAUAGAAUACAGCUGUAAAUGCAAGCUAUAAAUAAUGCUAAAAUCACUUUGAUAAUGAUUUUUGAUGCAUGUACCUCUCUUUGUAAAUACAUCACAUCUUUCAAAAAUAAACUUUUUACAGAAGACAAUAUAUUGAUGAAAUCAUGUUAUUGUGGGUUAUAUGUGGAUACUUUUUCAUAUAUUAAAUAUAUAUAUUAAAAAAAAACUAUAAAGACAGAAAAA